AUGGCGCAGAAGACCGUCCUCGUCCUUGGUUGCGGCCCUAACAUCGGCAGCAGCACAGUAGGAACGUUUCGCAAGAGUGGCUACCGAGUUGUCUCUGCCUCGAGAAGUUGCGAUGGCGAAGCGAGCGACGACUCGACAAUGGCCUUGAAAUGCGACCUCGCACAACCAAAGUCCGUGGAGUACCUGUUCAAGACCGUACGUGAGGAGUGGGGCGAGCCAUCUGUAGUCGUGUAUAAUGGCUGUGCCUAUUAUCCGACCAAACCCGAGGAGUCGUUCAACAUACCGACCGAGAACUUCGAACAGCAGCUAGCCAUCAACACCACAAGCGCAUUCGUCGCAAUGAGAGAGGCUGCCAACAGCUUUGCCAGGCUGGAUGGUUCCAAGACUCUCAUCUUCACCGGCACCAUGGCCAACGAAGGCGGAGUACCCGGCUGGCUGACGCUGUGCGUGGGCAAAGCAGCAGGUGCUUACAUGAUUGACUUGGCCGAGAACGUAUACCGGGAGCAGGAUGCUCGAUUUCAUUGCGUUGAUGAGAGAACGUCAGAAGGAAAGCCGAUGUUUGAGGGCCUUGGAGGACAGGCUCAUGCUGAUGUGUUCUUGGACCUGGCGGAAAGGAAGGUAGACUUGCCAUGGCAGGUCACAUUUGUUAGUGGGAAAGGGUAUGUCGAGUUCCCUCAUGAGCUUAUUUUGUAG